UAACUUUGUUUUGCAACUCGAUGUGAGAGGGUAUGUAUAACAGUUUGACUUGGAUCCAUUUAUUAAGUGUGUAUACAAGUCUAUCAUCCUUUAGAGACAAGCAUAUUACAAUUUGACUGCCAGCUGUUUAGAGCUAGUAAUGAGGAAAGGGAGCCAGGUGACAAGCUGUCUUCUGAGGUGUUUUCAAUAAUUUUGAUGCCUACAUCGUGAUAUUGUAUCAAGAAACUAAUAAUCAUACACAAUUCUCAUCCACAAGCUCAGCUUGCUACUAAAUUAAGUGCCAUUGAACACAUUCACAAUCUACAGACUGAAAACAGCAGCAUCACAGACCAAUAUCACUACCAGUUGCCCCAUUUCCAACUUGAUCUAGCCAGUCAUGCUUUUCUGGACAAGUAAUGGACAUUACAUGGCAGGCUGACAGGAUGUCAUUAAAGCCUCGUGCGGUGAAUUUUGAUGAAGUAUGGGGUGGCUUAUUGGAGACAGUGCAGCAGGUGGUCACAAUGGGAUCCAUUAAACGCACCGUCUGGAAUGAGAGGUUCUCUGAUGUGUAUUCCCUCUGUGUUGCGUUCCCCGAACCUCUUGCAGAAAGGCUCUACACCGAAACAAAGAAACUUCUGGAAAAUCAUGUUCGAGAACUUUAUUCUAGGGUAAGCAAGCAGAGGGAGGAGAACUUGCUGGCAGAAUACCACCGUUUCUGGUUACAAUUCAGUAAAGGCACACAGUAUCUCAACAACCUCUACUCCUAUUUAAAUUCACAACACAUUCAGAAGCAGAAGUUCAGCGAUGCAGAUCUUACUUAUGGCACCAUGCAGAUGGACGUAUCUGAACAACUUUUAGAAAUAGGUGAACUUGGGCUCGAGAUAUGGCAGAAGGAGAUGAUUACACCGCUACAGUCACGUCUGGUGGGGGUAUUGCUCUCUGGUAUUCAGCAGGAUCGUAUGGGAGCGACCACGGAUGCUCCAACAUCUACCAUUCGUGGUGUUAUUCACUCUUUUGUCGAUGUUAAUAUGUAUAAAAAGAAGUCUACUUUACAGCUGUACGAAACAGUGUUUGAAGCAGAACUAUUAAGUGAAACUGGUUCAUUUUAUUGUAAGGAAGCAUCUUCCCAACUUCAAGUGUGUAACGUGUCUCAUUACAUGGAGCGAGUCAUAGCCAGACUGGCUGAAGAGGAACUGCGAGCAACUAAGUUCCUCCCUCCUAGUUCACAUCAGAAAGUGGUGAAAGAGGUUCAGGAUCGGAUGGUUGCUGACCACCUGUCUACUGUUCAUGCCGAGACAGGAGCUAUGGUUAACUCGGAGCGGACCCGAGAUCUCUCCAAUAUGUAUACGUUACUGCGGCCAGUACCCAGUGGACUAAUGCAGCUCGUUCACCACCUCAAAGACCACAUAAAGCAACAAGGACUUAAGGCAAUAACCAAUCUUAAAGGAGAUAAUAUUCCUGCUCAGUUUGUUGAAAGUCUUCUGGAAGUUCACAAGAAGUACCGUACCAUGAUUAUUGAUGUGUUCCAUAAUGAUCAGCAGUUUGUGGGGGCUCUUGAUAAAGCCUUCGAGAGUGUUGUCAAUCAUAGAGGAGCCACUAAAGUUAUUUGCCGAUCUCCAGAACUCCUUGCAAGAUACUGUGAUACUCUUCUUAAGAAGUCUACUAAAGGCCUCAAUGAGAGUGAAGUAGAUGAUAAGCUAUGUCACAGCAUAACUAUAUUCAAGUAUAUUGAUGAUAAGGAUGUGUAUCAAAAGUUCUAUGCACGAAUGCUAGCGAAGCGGCUCAUACAGCAGCAGAGUCAGUCUAUGUAUUCAGAAGAGGCCAUGAUCAAUAAGCUUAAGCAAGCAUGUGGGUAUGAAUACACGAGCAAACUUCAUCGCAUGUUCACGGAUAUGUCUGUAAGCUCAGACUUGAAUCAUAAAUUCAAUGACUUCCUCAAGGCGAAGAACAUUGAAUUGGGCAUCAAUUUCUCCAUUAACGUUCUUCAGGCAGGAGCUUGGCCAUUGGGACAGACGACUGUCUCACCCUUCGCUGUGCCUCAGGAACUGGAAAAGUCUGUUCAAACAUUCGAAAGUUUUUAUCACAAGCAUUUUAAUGGUAGGAAGCUAACAUGGCUACAUCAUCUAUGCCAAGGAGAAUUGAGAGUGAGUCACAGCAAAAGAACGUAUCUCAUCACCAUGUCCACCUUCCAGAUGGCAAUGUUGCUCAUGUAUGAGAAGGUGGAUAGCCUUACAUGCAACGAACUCCAGACACACACGCAUCUCAAUGAAGAGCAGUUUACUAAGUUUCUACAGUCAUUGCUGGACAGCAAGCUUCUCUUGACUGAUGCUGAGAAUCUCCAAGGUGAUGCAGUUGUGCGUCUGAACACCGAUUACAGCAACAAGCGGACUAAAUUCAAGAUCAGUGUUGCACCACAAAAAGAGCAGCAACAUGAAACAGAGCAGACACAUUCAGCUGUUGAAGAGGAUCGUAAACUAUACCUUCAAGCAGCUAUAGUUAGGAUAAUGAAAGCGCGGAAACUGCUCAAACAUACUAUGCUUAUUCAAGAGGUCAUCAGCCAGUCUCGAGCGAGGUUUGCACCACAAAUCCCAAUGAUCAAGAAAUGUAUAGAACUACUAAUUGACAAACAAUACCUUGAACGUACCCCUAAUUCUACGGACGAAUAUAGCUACGUUGCUUAAUUCUUAGAUUUGUUAGUUUUCAUAAUUUGUGGAAAGAUCUGUGUUUGUUGGCCUUAGAGAAGAAACAUAAUUUUGCUAUUGUUUUUUUAUUUUACUCAUAAAUAAUUUUUAUUGAAGCAUCCUUUAAAGGUUGACACUCACAGAUGAAACUAUCCUUCAAAAUCUGGCUUCACUCCUUGGUGAAGCAUGUACAGUGUGUUGCCUGUUUGACGGUGAAUUUUGUACAUUGAUGUAGGUGUUGAACUUUCCUUGCCUCUACAAAAGGUUGAUAUUUUCAGCCUGAUAUGUAAAUAACCCAGAUAGGAUGGUGUAGUUGAUAUGGGUUGUAUGCUACUGCUUGUUCUAAAGGCUGGGCUCUGGACACGGGCCACAUCCAGCAUUGUCGAUAGAGGGACUGCUUGGCACAUACAGCAAAGGUACGAUAUGUUACCAUUUUUCCAUUAUUAAGUAAUGUGUGAAAUAUAGAUGCAGCUAGUCCCUUGCUCAGACUUGGCUAGGCUAAAACAUUGUACUGUAUAAAGUUUUAAGUCUUUCAUGUUAUGCCCAGUGUUUGGAGCUUACGAAGAGGAAUUGUACUUCAGAUCAACUUACAUGAAGGCAAACAUUUUGUGCCUUUUUUUUAUGCCCUGUGUUUGAUGGUGUCCCACUAUGUGGGAUUGCCCAAGCAGAAUCUCCUUAAUGCUCUUUUUCUCGUGCUAUAAAUACUGCCUACAUAUACUCAAUGAUUCACACUAUCAAAGUGUAAAGGGUUCUUGUAUACCUUGAGCCUUUUCAGUCAUGAUGCAUACCAGUUACAACUACAUCGUCGAUGGCAGUGACUUGUAACUCUCAAAUUUGGCAGCCAUAGUUGACAUGUUUAGAGCAGCAUAUCUAAUUUUAAGCCUAACAUUCAUAGCUUCGCUCUCUUGCCAUUGUCAUUAAACCACAAAACACCUUCGUGUUUCAAAUUGCUGAAAGGGAAAUUUGCAUUUAUUUUAUUUUUUUUUUAAAUUCAUGACCAGAGCAUUUGUAGUCAGUUUUCCCUGUGGCUCACCAAAUAAAUAAAUUCUUGUAAGAGUUCUAGUUAGUUUUUCAAUGAGCACAGCCUAUUUUAAUUUUUGGAAUUACUGUAUUUGACCCUUUCCAAUCUCCAGAACAACUCUGCUGCAAAGGAAGGUUAUUCCCUAUAGUAUAGAUCAUAUACUUGAGCCCGUGGACAUCAAGUUGUAGUUUUGUAAUUAAAUUUUAUUUCCUUGGUAUUUGUCAGUAUUUAGUUCGAUUGAUUUCCAAUGAGGCUUGUAUGCUUCUUCUUGCCUACCUGGAACUUUCCUCAUUAUGCUGAUACUUUUAUCGUCUGCCAAUGGUAUACAGAAGGUAAAAUUUAAAUGAAUUAUUGAAUAAAGGUAACUUAAAAAUAUUUGGGUAUUCUUGAGGAUGUAGGAGAAUAGUCAUGCGAGAUGUUUUAGCGUGGUGCUAGUAUCUACACGACAUCCUAGUGUAUAGUACAGGAUAAGACUUUCAAAAGAGUUUGCCUAUACAGUACAGUAUAUAUAUUUGUGGUUCUUGACAUCAUAUUUUUGUAAUUCUGAAAUAUCAUUCAAUGUUUUGGUCAGUUUCUCAUGACUUUGAAUUUGUUGUAUUCAAUUAAUUUAUAAUUGGCAGAUCAGGUUUAAAGGUUUCAUUGUCAAGGCUGUCAUUGUUAGAAUGCUAUACAGUAAUGAUUUUUUGUGGAAAUUGUGUAUGUUUUUGUACGUGAUACUCAUUGACAUUCUUAUGUUGUGGAUUAUAAAUUAAAAAAUGCCCGGGUUGGUUACUAAUUAAUCAUCCAUUUGACUGUUUAAUCUGUAGUUAUAUUUUGAAAACAGUGGAACAUAAAACUUUUUACUACAGUUGGUUUAAAAAUGUUUUAAUUAUGAACUGAGGAAACUGGUCUAGCCUUGUUUCUAUCUUUACUGAAGAACAUCACACAUUGUAGUUUUCUUUCCUCUAAAUGAUCUUUGGGACAUCUUACGAUUAGUAGUCUGCAGAGUGCUUUGUGACGAGGUGAAUAGCCAGAUUAACGUGUGGAACUUAAAUCAUUGAGCUAGUGUAAAGUGCAUAAUGUUUUAUGGUUUUAGUUGUGUGGGCCAAAGAAUUUGUGCAUCAUGAACAUUUAAAGUAAGUGAUGAGGUGGAAGGGUGUGUCAGUUAGAUAACCCCAAAUAAUGACUUGCCUCUUUGUGUUUUAAGUAGGAUUUGGAACGUAGAUCUUAUCUAAUUUUUGUAUUUAAGAUAUAACUGUAAAUAUAACUUAUAUAUGAAAUUGUUUAUAAAUUAUAAAUAACAAAACACUUGAACUUUAUAAAAAGUUAUUAAGUCUUUCAUUCUAUGUAACAUUACUUGGUGAUGGUAAUGUCGUACAAGAACUUUGCUAAAUAUAACUACCUCUUCUCAUACUUGGUCAGUUUUGGACAUGUUGAUUCACAUCAUGGAUUCUAUAAAGACAAUGAAAAUGAUUUCAGUAUUAAUAUUUUUUAUUUUCAUUAUACUAAACUUAAACCUCUUGUUGUUCAUUUUAUAAUGUGUUGCAAUGAAUUGGCUUGUGUAAUGUGAAAGAAGAAUCAGAUUACAAUGUACAGUAUUUGAGCGCAAUAGUUAAUUUUUCAGUUUUGCAAAAAAAAAAAAGUUUAGCACAAAUAUAGAAUAACAAGCCAUUUCUCCUUAGAGUGGAAGGCCUAGUGGAUAGUGACUGGAAUGGAAGGCCUAGUGGAUAGUGACUGUGAGCCAGUUAUAAGAGCAUGGUAAUGUGGUGGUAUUGUUGUAAGAAAGUCUUAAGGUGCCUAAUAUUUGCUGUCCUGUGAUGAAUGGAGAGCAUAGAACUAAAAGUGGGUUUUAAUUUGAUUAACAAAUUAAGGUAAAGUAAAUCUAUAUAUGAUACAAAAGCAGGAUAAUGUUCAAUGAUAUUUUGAAUAUGGAAAUUGUUGAAGAUCAAUACAAGACAGUAAAGCAUUUGCUAGAUGUAAAAAUGAAGGCAAAUUGAAAAGUACAAAACUAUUUGUACCAAUAAUUCAGUCUUUUUAUUUAGUAUUUUAUCUAAAUGACUUGAAACUAAGCAAAUGUGCAAGAGCAACAUUUUGAGUUUUGGGCAGGUGUUGCAUAGGGGGACAGUACAAGCUGUUAAUAGUCGAUUACUUUUUGACUAAAGACCUUAGGUUAAGCUUGCUCUGGUGCUUACAGUGACAAUGAAUGUGAUGGUUUUAAGACAGAAAAUAACUAAUUCAUGUGAUAAAGCACUUUAUUAUAUUUUAAAAAUGAAAGAUGACAAGACCUACUCUUGAAUGUCGGCUUGGUGCCUUCUUUGAUACUUACUCUUGAAUGUAGGAUGAUAAAAAUGAGGUGAUUUAGCAGCAGAGUUCAAGAAAUUUAACAGUGUAACUGAUAAAGCACCAGCCAUUUUUUAAUAAACAAUUAGGAGUGUGGUCAUAAUAAUAAUGUAUGUUUAUUUUUUGCCUUGCAGGGGGUGUUUGCUCCAACAUCUUUUCCACACGUACGUGUGAAUAUGUUGCCAAGCACAAGUCACAGAGAACAUGAAACAAACUAAU